AAGAAACCCUCUUCUUGUAGGUGCAGUACUAUAUAAUGACCGAGUUUUUAUUUUUCAAGAAUCCGCUUCUCUCUCUCUCUCUCUCUCUCUCUCUCUCCUCCUCAAGAAAGGUCCUUCCUUUAGAGCCCUCUUGAGGCCGGAUGGUUCUGGCUUUCGUGAGCGCCUGCCUUGGUUCCUCGCCUUAUUUUCUGGAGAUGCUCUUGGUGCUGUCGAGCUGCGAAGCUCUAUUCAGGGUCUUGCUCAGAUAAGUGGGUGUUCUCUUUCUCUCUGUUGCACAACAUUCUGGGUUGUUGAAAAUCUUGGGUGUGUUUUGGUUCGAGUUGUGGUGAUUUUGGUGUGCCUGGGGAUGCGUGAAGGGUUGAGCUGCAAUCGGUGGGAUUAAGCUUGGUCACGGAGAUUUUUUGUGGGAUCCUUGUUGUAAUGGUUGGGUUAGUGCUCCUGUGAUGUGAAAGGUGCUUGCUUUGAGGAUCUGGGAACUGUCAGAAGGAUCCCGAAACGUGCGUGGAAUUUGCUUGAGCUAGGUAAAAAAAAAAAAGAGAUGGUUUGCUUCAUUUUGGCCCUCAGGGUGGAUGAAUUGCGUUGGCAGAUGGCUAUGCUCGCUUAAGAAAUUUAUAAGAUAGGGUUUUAACUUUUAAGUGAGAAAAGCUCGCGUGUCUUGAUUAAUUGUUGUUUGCGAAAAGCAAUGGAAGGGAAUAUGUCACAAGGAGGUAUGAUCCCAGGUAAUCCUGCAUAUGGAGGUCUAGAUUUGCAUAGGUCAAUUCAAAUCCACGGUCCAGCGCAACAAUCGCACACUCUUCAUCAGCAGCAUCACCCUCAUCCUCGCCAAACACCUGGGGUCCACCCCUCGAUCCAUGAGGGUUUCCCGCUUACCAUGGGAACGUUGCCAGGUUGCGAUCAGAUGAUCUCUGUGGGAGAUUUUAACAAAGGGGAGAGGUGCAAGAACUCGGCGAGUGAUGACGAUGAUCCAAGCUUUACCGAAGAUGGUGUUGAUAGUCAUAAUGAUGUAAGCAAAGGGAAAAAAGGGUCACCAUGGCAACGGGUGAAAUGGACUGAUAAGAUGGUUAAACUUCUGAUCACUGCUGUCUCCUAUAUAGGUGAAGAUUCAGGUUCAGAUUGUGGGGGCGGGGGACGAAGAAAGUUUGCUGUCUUACAGAAAAAGGGUAAAUGGAAGUCGAUUUCGAAGGUUUUGGCUGAGAGGGGUUACCAUGUCUCACCUCAGCAGUGUGAGGAUAAGUUCAAUGACCUUAAUAAGAGGUACAAGAAACUCAACGAUAUGCUUGGUCGGGGGACUUCUUGCCAGGUGGUCGAGAAUCCUGCACUUUUGGAUGUGAUAGAGUUCCUUACGGAGAAGGAGAAGGAUGAUGUCAGGAAAAUUUUGAGCUCAAAGCAUUUGUUCUAUGAAGAGAUGUGCUCUUACCACAAUAGCAAUCGGCUACAUCUACCUCAUGACCCAGGCUUACAACGCUCUCUGCAGCAGGCUCUCAGAAGUAGAGAUGAUCAUGAGAAUGAUGUCAGAAGAAACAGCCUUGAUGACUUUGAUGAGGAUGAUCAAGAUGUGGAUAAUGAUGAUCAUGACGAACAUGAGGAUAAUCAUGCUCCUCAUGGCGAUGGCAGGGCAAUGUGUGGGGUUUUGCAGGGUUCUGCAAAGAGGAUGAAGCAAGUCCAAGGCCAUGAAGAUUUCAGUUUUGGGACUUCCUUGAAUGUUCAAGAGUACAACAAAAGCUCCCAUUCCCAUUCUCAUGUUGUACAUCCUGAUAUGAAUCAAACUCUUUCAGAGAAUAGGGCGGGUUGGUUACAGAAGCAGUUGAAUGAAUCUCAUUCACUUCAACUUGAAGAACAGAAGUUACAAAUUCAAUACGAGAUGUUGGAGUUGGAGAAACAGCGCUUCAAAUGGGAGAGAUUUUGCAGGAAAAGAGACCGCGAAUUAGAAAAGAUGAAGAUGGAAAAUGAAAAGAUGAAGCUUGAGAAUGAACGUAUGGCUUUAGAAUUGAAACGAAAGGAGAUGGGUGUUGACUUUAGUUAGAUAGAUAGCCAGCUUUCCUUCUGUGGCUAGUAGCCGCCGUUAAUUAUUCAGUGGAGCGGUGCUACUCAAAUUCCAGUAGUAGAUGUUUAUUGCAAAAAAGAGAAGAUAUUCCGCUAUUAGAUGAGUGGCAAUAUAUGAUGGUCUGUUUCUUGUUGUUGAGCCUCAUCUUGUAAUGUCUCUCAUGUACUUGGUUUUAACUUGUGAUAUAUCUUUAGCCGCUGGAUUUGUGCC